AUGGAGCGAAUCAUGGAAGUGAUGAGGGUUCCCCAGAAUCACAGAGUAGCCCUAGGCACAUUCUUUUUGGUCAGAAAUGCUAGACAUUGGUGGGAAUCAGUUAAAAGGAGAUAUCGGGAUCCAUCGGCCAUCACUUGGCAAUUAUUUCGAGCCGCAUUUGAUAGUCAGUAUUAUCCACUGGCUUACCAGAAUUUGAAAAUGUAA